AUGGAGAUGCCCGCUAACCUCAUCCUCCGCCUGCUGCUGAUCUCCGCGCUGCUCGCCUGCAGUCCGACGGAGGCGUGGUACAAGCAGGUGGCCGGGCCGAGCUACUACUCGGUGGGCAGGGCGUCCGGCUUGCUGUCCGGCAUCCGGAGGUCACCGUACGUCAGGAGAGCGGAGCUGGAGCCGCCAGACAUCGGAGAGUCUGCGGCCACCAGCCUGUUUUCUGAGUUAACUUCGCACAACUCAAUCCUGAAGACAAUGCCUGUUUGCAUCAAGGACAUUACACCAAACCUGCAGAGCUGCGAGUUGUUCCAGGAAGUCAAGGGUUCGUUCAAGUGUACAGCGGACGUCUUCCUCUCUCUGGACUCCUCCGACUGUGCAGGGGACUGAGCAGUGAAGCAGACAACUGCUGCCGGAGGAUGAAGACGACUUCUGGAAGGCGUGAUAUUUAAAAAAAAAAAAAAAAAAACUGUAUAUUUUAAUGUGAAGUUUAACAAAAGGUGUUGCACCACACGGAAGUGGAGCCACUUUUCAUUUACCAUGUACUCAUUCUAUUUAUCAAUUUUAUGUUUAA